CCUGCACCGCCUGCACCGCCACCACCGGCUGUAGCGCAGAAGCGCAGAAGCGCGCCGACAUGCCGCCCACCACGGCCAUGCACUUGGUCAUGGACGCUGCGGAGCCGGGAAGAGCGACCGUGGUCUCGGCGGCGCUGGCCUCGGCGCUGGCGCCCUCGACGGCGUCCUUCGGCACAGCAACGCCCACGCAGGGCUCGCCGCUGCUGCACUACAACGCCUCGCGGCCCACCGCUGGCGUCGUCACCCUGACCGUCGGCGGCCCCCGCUUCGAGGACUACCUCCCCCACAUCAUGGUCGCGUUCGCCGGCCUCGAGUACGUCCUCAUGUUCCUGAUGCUGGUGUGCAACAUAUUCGUGGUCGCCGCGUACGCCUGCAGCAGGUUCACCUCGGCCAGGAAGAACAGCCUCCGCCUGUCGCCGGCCGGGCGCCUAGUCCUCAACCUGGCCGUGGCCGACAUCCUGGUGGGGCUGGGGCUCGUCUACUUCUCCAUGCCCAAGUUCUGGCCGCAGGUGGCCACCAUGCUCGCCAGAUACUACCUCCCGUGCGUCCUCCGGUUUUCCAUCUGCUUCCUCACCAUGUUCGGGUCGCACUGCGCGCUGCUGGUGGUGGCCAUGGACCGCUACGCCGCCAUCGUGCACACGCUGCACUACAAGGACUUCAUGACCACGAGGACGAGCUGGUGCCUCAUCCUCGUCGGCUGGCUGGUCCCCAUCGCGGGCUCGUCGUCCAUCUUCUUCUUCAACGAGUGGCACCCCGGCGUGCCGAGCUGCGACGAGCACUUCAUCGUGCCGCACUUCCUCAUCAUGUUCGCCCUGCCCUCCAACGUGUUCGUCCUGGCCGCCAUUUCCUUCGCGCACUGGCGCGUCCACAGAGAGAUCCAGGCGUUCACGAAGCGCUGCAACGACCCCCUGUUCGUGGCGUCGUCCACGGCGGCGCGCCGCUCCCAGCUCAGCUGCCACAAGUCCGCCAGGGUGCUGCUGCGCGUCACGGGCACCUUCAUCCUGUGCUGGACGCCGCUCGACCUGAUGCUGGUCGCGUUCGUCGUCAUCGGGCCGCACCCGGUGCUGCUCGUGGCGUUCGAGGCCGCCUUCGCGCUGUCCAUGACCUCGUUCCUGCUCAACCCGCUGGUGUACGCCUGGAAGACAGAGGCCAUGCACCGGCCCAUCGUGGCCGCCCUGCAGUCGCUGCGGCUGCUGCCGCGGCCCGGCGUGGACGCGGUGCUCGCCGGCGGGCCGCCCGGGGCGCUGAGGCGCGCGGGGGUGUUCGCCAUCACGAGGAACACCUCCUCCGUCACGUCCGUGUCGCACUCCUCGUGCGGCACGAGCUCCUCCGCCCAGACAGUGCAGUCGUCUCUCUCCUCGGCGACGAGCCCUUGAAGGCCUGGGUUGGCCAAGCCUGGCCAAGCCACCGCGGGCUCAGGAGCGAGCCUGCCCGCUGCCCAGACGCGCCCGUAGCUCACCGCCGUCUUGCAGGCGGCCCUCCUCCCCAGAGCGGUGGAAGAACCUGAACCAGUAUGACGUUUGAGUCCUAUUCAUUGGGUCCCAUGACAAUGAAGAGACUAAGCGAACUGAGUAUGUCUAAUAUUUAUUGUCUUUAAAAAUAUUAUGUUACAAACCUGUGUAAGAAAAUAUGAAAUUUCAAGACUGAAUAAUGAUAUGUAGGUAUUAACAGAAACUGUUGCUAGAUAAAACCUUCUGUCCCAUUUCUGAAGAACAUUGUAAAAUUCAUAAAAUUAUGAAUUCAUAAAUCACAUUAAUCUUGUUAAUUAUUUAAAAAAUUUGUUUUCCCAAGAUUUUAGUCACUUCUCAUCAUGUAGUACUUCUUAAGCUCGAGGUGGCAAAAAGGUUGGCUUAAAGGCCCUGAAGACUAGAUAGUUAUGAACACGUUAUGUUGGAGGUAUGUGAUGAAGUGAAUAGUGAAACUGACUAACACAAAUUUAGUGAAUUAUGAGAGUACCUAAACCUAUUAAUUUAUGACAUUGAAAGAAAAAACAGUCAAAAACAGA